AUGAAUAAAGUUGAUAUGGUCGAUGAUCCAGAUUUGCUUGAAUUGGUUGAAAUGGAAGUAAGAGAAUUGUUGUCUCAAUAUAAUUUUGAUGGUGACAAAAUACCGGUUAUUAGAGGUUCAGCUUUGCAAGCUCUAGAAGGAAAGCCAGAAGGAAAGGCUGCUAUUAAGGCGCUAAUGGAAGCAGUUGACCAAUUUAUUCCUCAGCCUACUAGAUAUACGGAUCGUCCUUUCCUAAUGCCUAUAGAAGAUGUGUUUUCUAUUUCAGGACGGGGUACUGUAGUGACGGGUAGAAUUGAGAAAGGUAUAGUAAAAGUUGGGGAAGAAGUAGAAAUUGUUGGUAUAAAAGAUACUCAAAAGACCACCUGUACGGGUGUAGAGAUGUUUAAAAAGCUAUUGGAUCAAGGGGAGGCGGGUGAUAAUGUAGGUAUAUUACUACGCGGUACUAAGCGAGAAGAAGUGUGCAGGGGCCAAGUGCUAGCUAAACCUGGAAGUAUUACUCCGCAUACCGAGUUUGAAGCUGAAGUAACUACUGAUGUUACUGGUGAAAUUACUUUGUUAGAAGGUAAAGAAAUGAUUAUGCCAGGUGAUAAUGCAAAAUUAAAGGUAACAUUAAUUGCUCCUGUAGCUAUGGAAGAAGGAGUACGUUUCGCUAUUCGUGAAGGGGGCAGAACUGUAGGUGCAGGUGUUGUAGUAAAGGUAAUAAAAUAAAUUUGGAUCCAGUAAGCAUCUAUCGAUGAUAGAUGCUUACUUUUUAGAGAUAGAGGAGUAUCUAUACUAUUUCAAUUUUUACAUUCCUUAUUUUAUACUUAUAUCUUCUGAAUAACAGGCGGUUUAACUAUUCGUGAAAGUAUAUAACGAGUAUAUUAACAUGAGUGAUAUUAUAUAAGAUGGAUAAUUUAGAA